GUCAGACUCAGAUUCAGAAGCUCGCGAGCAGCAGAAAUGAGAGGCCUCGAAUUCAAUCAGAAAUUUCAUUUCAGGAAUGCGCAGCGUCAUUUUGUAGACCGUGAGCCACCUCCAGGAAAAAGAUGUGAAACGAAGUAGACCCAUACCCCCGAGUCCCAACAUGGCGGCGCCGGUUUUACUACUGCUUUAGCCACAGGUUGUCGAGAGGCGCAGCGGCGAAGCAAAAUGCGCCGAGCACGAGCCGUUCUCUCGGCUGCUUGUGUUUUCUGUGGCGCAGUGACCCAGCUCACGACGCAAGCCGAUGCCGUGCGUCUGAACACGAUCCCCUUUUUGGAUGACCCGGACGCAACGCCUAUGGCCGGGGUCCCGGGACCGCCCGGGGCGAUCGCGGAGUCUGCAAAGCCCCCGCUCGUGAAGGUGGAAAGCGUGCCGCCGCUGGAGCCGGAAAACCCAGAUGCGAUCGGGGAGGUAGAAGAAUCUUCUAUGCACUGCUCAGUCGACGUUUGACAUGUAUACAUAAAUCAAUGCGCUUCAACAUUAAGAACUACUAGAUGCUACUAACUCGCUUUCCAGGGGUUGUUGAUUGAACCGCAGAUCGGUUCAGAAUCAGGAUGAAACGAAACCAAGGUGAUCACCGGCGUGUUCUACGAAGCUCUGGACAAAGACGAUCGCUGGCACGUGGUGAUGCCCACGAAGAUCCUCGGCGACCACCGCUUUGACGCCCGGGUGGCCCCCUUCGGCGCGCACCAAUACGGCAUUCAGAAGCUCGUGCGGGAAAAGCAGUGGCAGCAGGACAACGGCGACCAGCAGGAGAGCGCCACUGCAGAGGAUAGUUACUUCGCCAGUACCGGGUACCGGUCGAUUUUCGAAGACCGGUGGCCCGUGGUGUACGAGAGGUUUGUCCGGAAGAUUCCCAUCGUCAACGAUCCCUACCCGCCGCAGGGGUUUAGGUGAGCGGUUGGAAUCCAUGCAAAAAGUUUUGGCUUUGGUGCGGCCUUUCUGAUUUUUCUUUUCCGAAAAUUGAACUGGGUUUGUCUUUGUCAAUCUUUGGUUUGCACUUUGUCACCUGGUCAAGAGCUUC